CUUGUGGUACAGUUGCUUAUAGCAUUGAGAUUGUUUGGUUGACGCUCAAUGGGGCGAACCAAAAGGUGUGGCCAUUUGGUUUGAAACUGGGUUGUAGUCUACAUGUGUUGUUCUCGACAAGGACCAUGUGUAGAGUAAGGAUGAGGAUGUGUCUGUGACUGCAUGGUUUUGAGACCAUAAUGAUUGAAGAUCAUAUUGAAGCUGCUCUGAGUGAUCAUUUAAACACAGAGCACGACAAGGAGAAAGGAGACACAGAGAAAGAUAAUGGACUGAAGAAACAGAGACAGAGCACAGCAUUGAAAAGAGCCCGGUUUCGCAUAGCAGCACGGGGUCGGAGGCAAAGAGAGAGACAGCUCUUCAAGGAGUUGGCUGACCUGCUCCCUUUACCCCCAAACAUUGGAGCUCAGUUGAAAAAGGCCUCCAUCAUCAGGCUUACAGCUGGUUACCUGCAUGUGAGGGCCCUUGCAGAUCAAACUUCAAACUUCCAACAAACACAAAACACUGAAGACAUCAUAGAUGUAGCAAGACCAUUUUCCCUCAGGUCCAUUCAUCCCCAUUUCAUGACAGCCAUUCCAACUAUUUGUCUUGAGGAGAGACUUCUGGACUUAGCCCUCGGAGGAUUUCUUCUUGUGACCUUCCUUGAUGGCCAAGUUAUCUUCACCACAGAGAAUGUCAACAAAUACAUUGGCAUCAACCAGAUAUACCUUAUUGGCCGCAGCCUGUUUGACAUAAUGCACCCAUUUGACCAGAAGGAGGUCAAACAAGUUCUUGCAAAAUUGGCAGGAAAUGAAGGGAGGCAGAACUGCAGCAUUUUCUGGAGAACUAUGAACACAAUAAACCUGAGGCCAGUGCCCUGGAAGAUGUUGCACUGCACUGGGGUUAAGAAGCCAUUCCUCCCCCUGGCCUCACAUUGCCUUUUGCUGCUAUGCCGACCUCUGCCAGUCCAAGGCAUUGAAGAUAUUCCUGCUAGCCUGAACCAUACAAGUUUUCUGAGUAUUCACAGCCCAGAUAUGAGAUUCACUUACUGUGACUCCAGAGUUUGGGAGUUGACUGGUUUCCUGGAUACAGAACUGUUUGGACAUUCUGUCUAUAAGUACUACCAUACAUCAGACUGCUUGAAACUUUUCCAGGCACACAUCUGCUUGCUUUCAAAAGGACAGGUGACCACUGGGAAGUACCGAUUGCUCCUUAAGCAUGGCGGAUAUGUUUGGGCCCAGACGGAAGCAACUGUGGUGUACAACAACCAAACCAGACAGCCACAGAACAUCUUCUGUAUCAACUAUGUCCUAAGUGAUGCAGAGCUAUCAGACCUGGUGUUUUCUCUGGAGCAGCUACAACAUUCCCUCAAGCCUCAUAGACUUUGCGUUGAAACAACGCUGUCUCCUCUACUUGCAGACAUAGCUGGCCAGAAGACAGGAAGCCAAGCCAACGAAUCAGCUCUGCUCGCCAAUACUACUGGCCACACCUGGUUAACUGACAGCUCUGCAGUAUUCAACAGAAAUAUUUGUGAGAAAACAUCAGUUUCAUGUCUUUCUCAUCAGGAAAAGUGGGAUGGAGAUUUGGGUGCUCUGGCUUCCAUGGAUGGAGAAGACUCUCUCCUUUUUCCCAUGCUGGACUAUCCAAGGGAAAGACAAGAGUCAAGUAAAGACUGUGGCCUAUCUGGGAAUGUCCUGAAUGUUCACCAUUAUCAGGAUGAGGGAAUGCCACAUGCUUCAGAAUGUGUUUUGUGUUCCUCUAACCCUGUGGCAAUCUUCCACGGCUGCCAGGAGCAACCUCAGUGCAACUCAUCCUGGACACAGAGGCACAGGAUUUGCAAAACUGGCAACAGUCUCACACAGAGAGACAGUGGAAAUCCGUGGCUUGUCUGGAGUACUCUGAGGACUAUUGUUAAACAGGAAUUUGACGCACCACAAGAAUACCCUACACAGAAUCCCCAGUGUUACCAGAAAGCAAAAAUGACACCCAUUCAGUCCUCGCAGCACGACCAUCCUCCAAACAGUAGACGACCCACCUCAUAUCCAUACCCCACAUGGCAGAGAAACAGAGAUGGUGAGACGUGCAUUGGCAAUCAUCACUCACAAACGUCAGCGCACUGGCGUUCUGGACACAUCAACAACCUGCGAAGGCCUGGUAAGCCCAAGGACAGCAGCAGGGGACGGGUGGCCUCAUUCCCAUUGACCCUGCCGGUGCUGAGCCACAGGGAAUGUGAGGUUAAUGCUCCUCUUGGGCCUGCCUCUUUCCUACUCAAUGGCACAGAGAUUACGUCUGUUCUGGAUCAGGCUAGUACAAGGAUCUCAGUGGGAUGAACGUGAUAUUCAUGAGAUAAUGGAUUUUUAAAGCCGUGGAUGUGUUCAUCUUAAGAACAGUGUGUUUACUCAAUAACAUAGGCCCAAUAUGUCUUUCACGGACAUUCUUCUUUUCUGUGACCAAAAGUUGCUGUGCUAUACAAAAUGCUAGAGAGCAUGCUAUACGAAAGGCUUACCAGAAACAGAAUGUAUUGCCAAAUAGUUUAUUGUUAAUUUAGACUUCACAUAGCUAUGGACACACAGUCUUUGUACACACCCUAAAUACAGGGAAGUGGCUAGAAUGUGUUACAUCUAAACAGUAAACACUCUUAAACAUACAUAACUCCAAACUAUAACCUUAUAACAGAAACCCUAAGCAAUAAACACAUUGGGAACUCUUUAUUUAACAAUA